AUGAUUCCCGGUGAACUAGAGUACCAGAGGGAUCUACAAGAAAGCGUGGCGUCAAGUCCCAAUCUGAGGACAGUGGUCGAUAUCGUACCAGACCUUGAACUCUUCGUCUAUCCCUUUCUAGCCACCGACCUCCUUCAGAUAAGCCAGAAAGCUUUGUCAGCCGAUAUGAAGAAAGGCAUGCUUAGGAGUUCUCUUGCUGGACUGGCCGAGCUCCACGAUAAAGGAAUCAUCCAUACAGACAUCAAACCGAACAAUAUACUUUGUGACUACGAACAGACGACCAGUGAAGGUCUUGUUAUCACACGUGUCCAGAUAUCAGACUUAGAGGACGCGGUGCGCCUCCCACCUGGAAAGAACAUCGGUGGCUGCGUGUGUGGGAACCAAUUGUGGCGAAGCCCCGAGUCUUGGGCAGGCGCUCGACAGAACACACCAUCCGAUAUAUUCUCCUUUGGCUUGGUCGUCAUCUACGUAAUGCUGAAUGACAUGGUCCUUCGCGUUACUGAUGAGCAGCUUGGUGGCCGGGACGUUUGGUGGCAUAUUCUCCGCAGACAUGUAUCUUUCUUUGCAGAUGAGGAUGGCUUGAAGGGCCUCCUUCAACAUAUUGGAGAGGAGAAUGUGUUCUUCCAGCGCUUUAUCGCUGUGGCGGCUGAUUUUGAUGCCGAGAAGCCGCGAAAGCCCUUUGCACUGUGGCAUUAUGUGGACCUGGAGCUCAGAGACUUGGUUGUGAAGAUGACAAAUUUGGAUCCAGCGAGGAGGAUCACUGCGCGGAAGGCUCUCGAUCAUCCAUGGUUUCGUCAGAAUAGUUCGUUAUAA